AUGAUCCCCCCCUCUCGUCUCUCCCUAUCUCCUCCCUCUCUCUUCCUCCUCCUCCUCUCUCUUCUCUCUCUCUCUCCAUCCACGAUUUUUAUUUUUCUCCCCUCUCUCUUUCUCUCCUCCAUGCACCCCUGUCUCUUCCUCACUCUCUCUCUUCCUCCCCUCUCCUUUCUCUCCCUCUCCCCCUCUCUCUUCUCUUUCUCUUUCCCUUCCUCUCUCUCUCUUUCUCCCUUCUCUCUCUCCCUCCUUCCCUCUCUUUCUCUCUCUCUCCAGAUCUCUGUUUUCAACACAAAUUCACACUGUCCAUAUCUCCUUUCAUUUCAUUCGACCUUUCUUUCUUUUUUGCAGCACACUUUUUCUUCCUUUCGCUUUCUGUUUGCUUUCUUUCAUUCGCUCUUUCCUUCUGCCUUUCGAGCGUCACUUCUUUCUUUAUUUCUUUUUGCAACACACACAUUCUUUCUUUCUUUCUUUCUUUCUUUCGUGUUUUUUCGUUUCUUCUUUCUUUGUACAGAAUUCAUUCCAAUGCCUACAUUCAUUCGCUCUUUCUUUCUUUUUGAAACAUCUACUUUCUUUCUUUCUUUCUUUCUUUCUUUCUUUCUUUCUUACUAUCUUUUAUUCUCUAACACCCUUCUUCAAUUUUUACUUUCCUUCACUCUUUCCUUUUUUGUAACACAUUAUUUCUGCUUUCUAUCUUCUCUCUUUGUGAAAUACCCAGUUUCAUUCACACACUUUCUUCCUUUCUAUCUUCCUUUUUUUUUCUUUUUUCAUUCAUUAUAUCUUUCCGUCUUUCUUUCACACUUUGUGGAAAAUGAUACUUACAGUCUUAUUUUCAUUCGUUAUUUUUUUUCUUUUUUUACUAUACCAACUCUGUUUAUUUAUUUAUUUAUUCUUUCUUUUUGCUUCUCUUUCUACAGCCCCUACUUUCAAUCUUCCUUUCAUUCACUCUUUCCUUCUUUUGCCAACAACUGUUUCCUUUAUACUUUCUUUCUUUAUUUCUUUUCUUUCUUUCUUUCUUUCUUUCUUUCUUUCUUUCUUUCUUUCUUUCUACAUCACCCACUUCCGAUCUUACUUUCAUUCCUCUUUCCCACUUUUUACAAAACCUUCCUUCCUUCCUUCCUUCCUUCCUUCCUUCCUUCCUUCCUUCCUUUCUUUCUUUCUUUCUACAUCACCCACUUCCAUUCUUACUUUCAUUCCUUCUUUCCUUCUUUUGGCAACAUCUGCUUUCUUUCUUUCUUUCUUUCUUUCUUUCUUUCUUUCUUUCUUUCUUUCUUUCUUACAUCACCCACAGCCGAUCUUACUUUCAUUCCUUUUUCUUUCUUUUCACAAAACCUACUUCCUUCCUCCUCUUUUCCUUCCUUCCUUCCUUCCUUCCUUCCUUCCUUCCUUCCUUCCUUCCUUCCUACAUCACCCACUUCCAUUCUUACUUUCAUUCCCUCUUUCCUUCUUUUGGCAACAGCUGAUAUCUUUCUUGUUUCUUUUUUCUUUCUUUUCUUUUCUUUCUUUCUACAUCACCCACUUCCAAUCGUACUUUCGAUCCCUCUUUCCUUCUCUUUGCAACACCUGAUUCCUUUCCUUCUUUCUUUUUCUUUCUUUCUUUCUUUCUUUCUUUCUUUCUUUCUUUCUUUCUUACAUAACCCACUGCCGAUCUUACUUUCAUUCCUCUUUCCUUUAUUCCAAGCCUUCCUUCCUUCCUUUCUUUCUUUCUUCCUUCCUUCCUUCCUUCAUUCAUUCAUUCAUUCAUUCAUUCCUUUCCUUUCAUUCUUUCUUUCUUUCUACAUCACCCACUCCCAUUCUUACUUUCAUUCCUCUUUCCUUCUUUUUACAACGCAUACUUCAUUCCUUCCUUCAUACCUUCCUUUGCUCCUUCAUCCUUCCUUUCAUUCAUUCUUUCUUUCUUUCUUUCUUUCUUUCUUUCUUUCUACAUCACUCACUCCCAUUCUUACUUUCAUUUCUUCUUUCCUUCUUUUUGCAACACCUGUUUCCUUCGUUCUGUCCAUCAUUCCUUCCUUCCUUCCUUUCUUUCUUUCUUUCUUUCUUUCUUUCUCCCCCGUUCCACCCCUUUUUUUCAUGAAAAAUUAA